GCGCAAGGUCAGGCGCUGGAAGCCCGGAGGAGCGUCCAAGGCUGCGCUGCCUGGCAGUGUCAACAAUGCAACGCGUGGCUGGACGUUGAACUCUGGAGAGGCGCUGCAAAAUCCCUGCCCAGAGUAAGGAAGGGCGCUCCCUCACCCGCCACUCCCCGUCUCGUGCGGUGGGACCCGACAAAGGUUCGCUCUCGCCUGUCUCCUGGAGCUCCACCUGUUGUCGGGCUCAGCUGCGAAGGGAAAUUCAGCGGCCUGUUUCGGGGGGACGCGAGGGGGGCACGGAGGGAAGAUUUCGAAAGCGUCCCUGCCUUUCGCCGGCGGCGCGAUGCCCACGGCGGGCGCUCUAAGGGCCAAAUUCCGCCGGCGGCGCAGCCCCGCGGAGGACAAGGUCUCCAUCCUCGAGCGGGAGGAACAGCGGGAAGUAGAGGCCCCGAAGUCUCCCGAGGACCACCCUGAAGAAGAGGUUGGCUGCGCCUCCAAAACAGUGGCGUUUGCCGCCCUCCCGGACAAGUACCAGCCUCUCGCUUGGGACGGCGAGCAGCCGCCGCCACGGAAAACGGAGCGCGCAAGUAAGGCGCGCAAGAGGAGACUUAAGAAAUACGGCAAGAAUGUGGGCAGAGUGUUGCAGAAAGGAUGCAGCUAUUUGGUCCUUGGCCUCCAGGGUUUGGCCAGAGCCUAUUCUUCACCACUUGGCUUGCCUGUUUGGACGGGUACAUCAGUGCGAUAGAUCUUACUAUUUUUUGAGGGGGACAAGGACAACGAAGACAACAACAACACAGUUGAGGAGAGUAGCCACUUCUCCUUUGCUCCAAUACACUUCAUCUUCUGUAAAUGCCCCAAUUUGUCAAAGGAGGAAUAAGGAAAAUUGAUCUGUUUGUGCAUUUUUUGUAAAACGUUUUGCUGUUUUCAAGUUUUCAUGAUUCUUCAAGUGCUUUAAUACCUAUCAAUUAAAAAGAAUGAAUAAUGCCAAAGAUACAAAACUAAUUAACUGGGUCAGAUUUAAAAAUAUAUUAGUCUUGGGAAAAUUAAUCAGUCCAAUCAAAAAAAUGGUGAAAAAAGGAAAAGAUAAAGGAUGGUGAGAGAGAAAGAGAGAGGGCAAAAGUGAAAAAGAAGAAAAAUUAAGGGAACAGAAGAGAAAUAAUUGCUUUUUUGGCAUGACCACAUUGCCAUCAAAAUGUUGGCUAAUAAUCUGACAUACAAGCACUACAGGCUUCUCCAAAAUGCCAUACUAGGAACCGUAAUAACAGAGCAUCUGUAUGUUCAGCCAGAAGAGCAUUGCAAGAAGCAGACCAACUGAGAAGAGCUGAAGAAGAAUGGAGACUCCAAAGGAGAAAUUAAUUGCUCCCCCAAAAAACAUUAAGACAGAUGUGGUUGCAUGAAUCUUUCAUGUAGGGCCCUAUAUAGACUUAGACUCUCCUUAUUAAGUGCAGAAACUUGCAGCUUCGCUACCUGGAGUGCACUGUCACCCAUGUAUUUUUUAAAAAUAAAGUAGGAUAGUGAUGAGGAAGACUGAGAAAAGACUGUGUAGCAGAAACUGAGGUAGCAAAUCAGGAGAAUGGUACCAAAAGAUCAGAAUGUGGGGUCUCUAGCAGUUUCAGAGUCCAUAUGAAUUGAGCAGAGAUAUCAUGGACUGUAGGUUCAGUUUUCACCAUUCAGGAGAGAUUCUGAGCAAGCUGCUUCUUCAUAGGGGGCAGAGACAGGAGCAUUUUUGCCAAAGCAGCUUCUAGCCUUAUUGCUUUAAUGUAGUGGUGAAAGGUAUGCUUACCCUUCUAGUGACUCAUGUCUUUGUGCUUUCCCAUUUGGAUUUCUGUAAGGUGCUCUACUUGAGAAUUCUGGGAGUUGAAGUCCCGCCAUCUUAAAGUUGCUAAAAUUGAGAGACACUGAGCUAUUGGAAUAGAUAACACUUCUCUGAACUUUUUAGUGGUACAAGAGGCCCCCAGGCCAAUACUGAAUCAUCAUUCCAAAGUAAUUAUGCUGUUUGAGAAUCUACUUGCAAAAGAUCUAAGGCUUAGUUUCUAAGCAAAGAGAGAGAAAGUUCCGCCCUGCAGGGACUUCAAUUCACCCUAAAUUUCCAAGGAAAUGUUAAAUAUAUAUGAAUAUCAUGGAUAGCACUGCCUCAUUGUUCAAGUUCUGGAAUUGUUGCAGCAGCAGUCCAAAUCUCCUGUAUAGGAUCUUAUGUUGCCUGCCUAUGUAGGACAGACAUUUGUAUUACAAUACUUAAUAAAAUUUAUCUUUCUGAGAUGGUCCAGAAACCAAAAAUAAGUAAUCAGAUAUAUAUCUCAAUGGAAAAGUAUGAAGCUGGGCUAACAGCCUGGAUGGAAAAGUUAUCUCAUUUAUGUAGAGGAAAGAUUCCAAUAUUUCUAUUCCCAAAAGAUAUGUUUCUACUUAAAUAACAUUCAUGUUACGCUUUUUUUUUUUGCUUGCCUCUGCUUUCAGUAUAUGUUUCAGAAUCUAUUUUGUAUAACUGUUUUAAGGCUAUAUUGUAUUUUAAGUUGUUAAUAAACAUAUCUGUUAACAAAAUGAUUUACAAAGAAAAAUUAAAGACAUUUAAUCAAU